GAUAAGCAUGACGCUACGCAGUGGCACAAACUGAUGCGAUGCCACUCCUUAUAACUAACUGAGGGCCACCUUUUUUUUCCUCCUCAGCACCAGUGAGACGGGAUGCUGCGCUGCAGAGAGAGCCUCAGCCGGCUGCAGCGGUGGAGGCUGACUGAGGAGACACCAAAGCGAAGCUCCGUCCACCACGACGCACAGCGCCGGCACCAAGCUCCCUGAAGUGGAACAAGAGCUUUGGUUUCGCUCGAGGGGGAACGAGCCGGGCACCGAAAGAAAUAAUGCCUGUGUGUCGCUGUUUAUUCACUUGAGGAUGUACUGUUUACGCUGGCUAACCACAUAGAGCAACAGAGACGAGGACCCGGACUUGAUACUGUAUUUAAUACCGCUGCCAUUCCGCCUGUUUGGGUCGGCAGGGAGACACACCACGGCGGUCAGCACCUGGAAGAGGAAAGAAAAAGAGAAACGAGGGACGACUUUUUAAAAUAUCCGCACAGCUUUAAUGAAGAAGCAGACCUGCUAACAUUCUUGCAGAAGGGACCCUCUUCAACAAGUAUGGGGUCACCAUGGAAACCAUUUCUCCUCCUGUCUAUCAUCAGUGGCCUUUCAGACUUUGCAAGAGCUGUUGCAGCUCGGCCUAUAUCAUAUGCAGCAGUAUUACGAAUGAAACCAGACAGCUCGUCAGUGCUCAACUCGCGCAGCAGACCUCGACAACACCACAGUGGUGGGCUGGUGACUCCUGACUGGCCUGCUUUCUCCAGUCAUCCCCUGUCAGCCCUGAGUCUGCUCAGCUCUCAGGAGGACUACAGGAGUGAAGAAAGUGAAGAGUAUGGGCCUGUUUUCCUCCACGAGCCAGACAAUGUUAUUUUUCCUUUGGAUUCGGAUGAAAAGAAAGUGGUGAUGCACUGUGAAGCACGGGGAAAUCCACCACCCACAUACAGUUGGUACAUCAAUGGGACGGAAGUGGCUGCAGAGGCAGACUAUCGCUACAGCUUCAUCGAUGGAAACUUAAUUAUUACCAAUGCAAGUGAGGUCACUGACUAUGGGAAGUACCAGUGUAAAGCAGAGAACAGCUUUGGGACCGUCCUAAGUCGAGACGCUCUGUUGCAGUUUGCAUAUCUCAGUGCUUUCAGCACGAAGACCAGAGGUGGGGUCUCUGUACGUGAAGGCCAAGGUGUGGUGCUCAUGUGUACCCCUCCCCCUCAUUCUCUGGAGAUCAUCUACAGCUGGGUGUUUAAUGAGUUCCCGUCGUUUGUUGCCGAAGACAGUCGGCGCUUUAUCUCCCAGGACACGGGAAACUUGUACAUCUCCAAGGUGCAACCCUCUGACGUAGGCAGCUACAUCUGUCUGGUGAAGAACACGGUGACAAAUGCAAGGGUCCUGAGCCCCCCGACACCUCUAACGCUGAAAACCGACGGUGUCAUGGGUGAAUAUGAGCCCAAAAUUGAGGUGCAUUUCCCUACAUCUCUCCUGGCUGCCAAAGGAGUCACAGUCAGGCUGGAGUGCUUUGCUCUGGGGAAUCCAGUGCCAACAAUCACAUGGAGGAAGAUAAAUGGCAACAUCCCCAAAAAAGCAAGACUUCGGAAGUCCCAGGCCGUGCUGGAAAUUCCCAACAUUCAGCUGGAGGACUCAGGAACUUACGAAUGCAAGGCAGAGAAUCCGAGAGGAGGCACUGCUUUCAAAGGACAUCUGCAGGUCUACACCCUUCCUCAGUGGGUCAGAAUGAUUAAUGACACUCAGAUGGAUAGUGGAGAGAAGCUCCAAUGGGAGUGCAAGGCCAUGGGGAGGCCCCGGCCCACCUAUCACUGGCUUCGUAAUGGUUUGCCCUUGACAUCCCAGGGUCGAGUUGAAAUAGUGAAUGGAGAACUGACCAUUCAUAAAGUGCAGCAGACAGACUCAGGAAUGUACCAGUGUGUUGCAGGAAAUAAAUACGGGGCCAUCUACUCAAAUGCUGAACUCAAGAUUUUAGCCUCGGCUCCUGUCUUUGUCCACAAUCCCAUACGGGUCAUUGCCACACUUGGAAAAGAUGUAUCACUAGAAUGCAAACCCAGAGCAUCGCCCAAACCACGGAUAACAUGGAAGAGAGGAGACAGACGGAUACAGCAAAGUCGAAGGAUUAUGUUGUUACGGAACAAUACUCUCAGAAUUGUUAACUCCAGCCGAGCGGAUGAGGGGAACUAUGUGUGCCGGGCGGAGAAUCAGUUGGGCUCAGCAGAGAUGACUGCCAUGCUGUGGGUAAAAGAGGCCAUGCGUGUGGAGCUUAGCCCGAGCAGAGUGGAAGUGACUGUGGGGGAGAGCGUGGUGCUGAGCUGCAAGGCGACACAUGACACUUCACUGGAUGUGGCUUUCCAGUGGUCCUUCAACCAGAGACCAAUCAACUUUCAGCAGGAUGGCGGCCACUUUGAAUACAUCCAAACACAGUCCUCCACGGUGGAUCUGAUGAUUAGGAGCAUUUUGUUGAAGCAUGCUGGGAAGUAUGGGUGCCGGGCCCAGACCAGUGCUGACACUGUAUCUGCAGAGGCUGAGCUCCUUGUCCGAGGUCCCCCUGGACCCCCUGGAGUGGUGAUAGUGGAGGAGAUCACUGAUACCACAGCCACCCUGUCCUGGACUCGUGGCUUGGAUAACCACAGCCCUAUCAGCACCUAUAAUUUACAGGCCCGCAGCCCAUUUUCAUUAGGCUGGCAAACUGUCAAAACAGACCCAGACCCAGUGACAGGGGACAUGGAGUCAGCCAUGGCUGUGGAGCUCAACCCCUGGGUGGAAUAUGAGUUCAGGGUGGUGGCAAGCAAUGCAAUCGGGACCGGUGAUCCCAGCGCGCCUUCAAGAGGAGUUAGGACAAAAGAAGCAGUCCCGUCAGUGGCACCAGCAAAUGUAAGCGGAGGGAACGGCCGCAGGCAUGAACUGGUCAUCUCGUGGGAGCCUGUGUCUGAGGAAUUCCAAAAUGGUGAAGGCUUUGGGUAUAUUGUUGCAUUUCGUGCCAAUGGAACCAGAGGCUGGAAGGAGAAGAUGGUGACCUCUGCGGACUCUACAACGUACAAAUACAGAGACGAGACCUUCCCUCCCCUCACCCCAUUUGAGGUAAAGGUUGGAGUUUACAACAAUAAGGGAGAUGGGCCAUUCAGCAAAGUCGUCAUCAUCCACUCUGCUGAGGGGGAGCCCAGGGAGGCACCAUCUGAUGUGAAAGCGUACAGUAUUUCUUCAUCGGAAAUUAGAGUCACUUGGAAACCGCCCAAUCCUGGACCCGGAAGACCAAGAGGAUAUGAGGUCAGCUACUGGAAAGACAUGGAUCAGGAAGAGUCGGGGAAAAAACAAAGAACUGUGAAAAACGAAACGUCCAUGGUCUUGACAGGACUAGAGGGCAACAGUCUGUAUCUCAUCACUGUAAAAGGCUUCAACAGCAUCGGCCAGGGUCCUGCCACCACUGCUGUCACAGCCAAGACCAGGAAAGCCCCUCCUGCUCAACCACCAACCAACCUCAUGUGGAUUCAGGAGGGCAACAAUGUGUCUUUAAGCUGGGACCCAGUGAAGGCAAAAGACAAUGAAUCUGAUGUCAUCGGGUAUAUGGUAAUGAUUAAUCUCUGA